AUGGCGGCAGCAUCAACAUCUUCAUCAGCAUCGGCGCGCUCUGGUGACGUUGUGAUUUGCGUAGAUGCAGGCGGAACAAAGACGCUCGCUGUCGCAGCUGGCGUCGACUCCAAACAAACCUUUGUGGGCCAAGCAGGUUGCGGCAACUGUGCCACACUGGGUCUUGAAGCAGCAAGCCAGGUCAUCCUACGCGCUGUUCGAGACGCGCUCAUAUCCGCUGGCUUUGGCACAUUUUUCGACCUCCUCGAGGCCGGCGAGGCGGAAGGCAUCACGACACCGCCUCUUUCCGUGUCCGACAAUGACUCAUCCUCUGCAGACGACGAACACGACCCUCUUUCUCGUCCAACUGCAUCUUCAUCAUCAACAACGACGGCAAAUACGUCUGAGGUCCUUCGUCCAAGGGUGAGAGCCAUCUGGAUUGGAUCAGCGGGUCUGUCCUCAUCGGCAGUCAUUGGCAACUACCGACAGCAACUCUCACAGCUCUUGCAAGAGUAUCACCUCAUUGAUGACUCAACUCCCAUCUGGAUCACCAACGAUGCUGUCCUCCUUUCUGCGCCAAUGUUGCGGGAUGCCAGCAGCCAGUCGUGCGUUUGCUUGAUCGCCGGUACCGGCAGUGCCGGAUUUGCGUUCCAGCGCACUACUCCAUCCGUCAUUUCCUCAUCGUGUUCCUCGUCGGCUUCAGCAGCAGCACCGUCGAUGGUCGAGACUAGCGAGAAUGAAGACCUUCCCGGCUUGAUCACCGUCAGCAAGACGGGCGGAUGGGGCUAUCUGCUUGGCGACCGCGGAAGCGGAUGGUCAAUAGGUCUCUCCACCAUCCAGCUCAUGCUCACACGAGAAGAGGAGAGGCAAUUUGUACCGCUACCGCUCACCGACUUUGAGCGAGCCGUGAUGCGCGCACUCGACGUCGACACACCUAUCGAGCUCAUCUCAGCCGCUUACCGCGAUCGAGUCUGCGCGUCCGGCGGCAACUUUUUCCACGCAGAGGACGCACGCAAGCGUUGGCUGGCCGAAACAACCCGUGUCGUGUUCGAGUAUGCAUUUGAAGACGCGGGCCGUUCGGGCAAGGAUCUGGCGGUGCAGUUGCUUCACCAGGCGGUGGGAGAAUGCAUCGACUCGAUUUCCAAGCUUUGCUGUCCGAAGGAUAGGAUCCGCCCAGAGAGGAGCACGUUGGUGCUGGGCGGCGGGUUGUGGUCCAACAGCAGGUUUUUGGAUCUUUUGGUGGAAAUGUGGAAAGAUCAGGGGAGAGAUGGGUUCAAGAACAUCCACGUUGUCAAAAGUCCGGCGCAUGAAGCGGCUGAGUACUUGGCGGCGAAGUUUUUGGGUGAGAAAUUGGGAGGGAAGUGA